AUGACAAACAAAGCAAUUCAACACAGCAUUAAUUUCAAUGGUAAACAUUUAAAAAAAGGUGACCCACUGCCACCCUACAAUGGAAAACUUAGAGUAUACAGUUCGCGUGUAUGUCCCUUCGCACAGCGAACUAUACUCGCACUCUUGGCCAAAAACGUUGACUUUGAGGUAGUUAAUGUCCACCUAGCAGAUAAACCCGAAUGGCUAGUUCGCAAAAGCGCAUUUGGAAAAGUACCAUCUAUAGAAAUAAAAGAGGAUGUAUGCAUUUAUGAAAGUUUGAUAACGGUAGAGUAUUUGGACGAUGUCUAUCCUCAAAGGCUUUUGUUAGCUAAGGACCCAAUAACUAAGGCUUAUGAUAAGAUAAUCGCAGAAACGUCUGGAACCUUACAUACAAUGUUCUUCAAGUUUAUUAAGGAUCCUGAAGCAAUUACGGAAGAAAAUAUCGUUUCUUAUAAGAAAACGCUACAUUUUCUUCAAGAUCAGUUAAAGAAAAGAAAAAGUAAAUUUUUUGGUGGAAAUGAACCUGGUUACGCCGACUACAUGGUCUGGCCAUGGUUUGAAAGAUUACUUAUAUGUCAAGAAAAAAGUGAUAUUUUAAAGUUAGAUGACAUGGAGUUUGAACUUCUAAAUGAAUAUAUAAGCAAUAUGUUGAAUGAUCCAGCUGUAAGCCAAUAUUUAGUACCCAAGGAUGUAUAUAUAAAACUUUUUGAAAGCUACAGUCUUGGAAAAGUGCCGAACUACGAUUUACUGAGUGAA